AUGAAACUAGAUAAAUGCCUGGAAGGAUGCCUUGGCAUAGGUCUCGCAAGUCCUCGCAAGCCCAACCUGUACCCAACAUGCGUAUGCCGACGAUGCGAGCUCGAGAAGGAGGAUAACGAUCAUGUCUGGAAAUGCCCCUUGGCAGCCGAGACCACCACUGAGAUCUGGAAGGAGGCCAUGGGCAAGAUUAACGAGUGGGGUGUGCAGGCGACAAACAGCUACAACGCAGCCAGGAAGCGGGAAUACAAACGCACGGUGGACAGCGGUCGUCAGGUACCAAGGCCAGUACCCAUACACUGGUGGCCCCCUUCGGAUGCGGAUCAUGUACGAGGAUUUUCCUCCAUCGGUGGAGCUAGAGCCGUGCACAGCGGUAGUCCAGCUCUCGAUCGAGACGAGAAACCGAUGUGGAACGUGUCGGAUCUCCUCCGCGGCAUCACCCCCUUGAGCAUGUUGACUGAAUGGUCCGCGGUCUUCCGGACCCCAAUGUCCAUCGCCAAGACAGUCCUUCAGAAGUUGUUGGCUACCUGGAGGCGCAGGCCUCGGAGCUGA